AAAAAACUUGAUGUAAAGUUUUUAAAAUAUGUCAUCUAACACAAACUAUACUUCCCAAAACUUUGCCCAAAAUGGAGGCGCCAUUGGUACUACAUCAUCAUGUAGAGUGGCAGUUGUGAUGAUACCAUAUCCUGAUCAUGGUCAUCUCAACCAACUCCUUCAUCUGUCUCGAUUAAUUUCUUCCUACAACAUCCCGGUCCACUUUGUUAGCAUCCCCGUCGCGCCGGCCUGGAAAUCGGUGCAUUCCAACGUUCAUUUCCACGACAUUUGCAUCCCAUUUCCGGUUUCCAGAACAAAAUUCAUCUCACCAAAAAUUCCAUCAUUUGAAGCAAUGGUGUCCGUUGUGAGUCUCCAUUGCGAACCUAUAAUAACGCUGGUCGAAAAACUAUCGAAUGCCACCGAAAGAAUCAUUGUCAUUCACGAUUCCUUGAUGUUCAAUGUCGCGAAAAUGGUGCUGGCAACUUGUUCAACAUUGUUAACGAAACAGGACAUAUACAGUUUUACUGCAAGCUCGGCUUUUGAUUAUUACGCGAAUCGCCAACUAUUUAAUGGAAAACCUAUAUUAAUUGAUGGUGAACCCGCCAAGAUUUUCCCAUCUGUAAGAAAGACUGUGCCAGUACCCGGGUUCGAUUUCAAGAAAUUCUUAGAGGAGUCCUACGCUUUCAACCAUAAAAAUGUACUUAACACUAGCCGUUUAAUAGAAGGCGGGUUCAUCGAUCUGAUGGCGAAAAAGAUUGAUGCUAAUGAAUCAGAUGAGGAGAACGAGAAGUGGGCUAUCGGACCUUGGAUUCCCUCACAAAUACUAUUAACUGGUGAAGGAAAUACAAUUGCUAGAAACCGUGACAAAUGCUUAGAAUGGCUAGAGAAACAGAGUCAGAACUCUGUUCUGUUUGUUUGCUUUGGCACAACUAGUACACUGUCCGCUGAACAGAUCAAAGAGAUCGCGGUUGGAUUAGAAAUUAGUGGCUAUUCAUUUAUUUGGGUCAUUCCAGAACCCGAGGAUGGAGAUGCUAAAGAUGGAGCUGUGCCGCCACAAGAUUUCGAAGAAAUAGUUCACCAAAGGGGAAUGAUUGUAAGAGAUUGGGCACCCCAGUUGGAAAUAUUAUGCCAUUCUUCGACCGGGGGAUUCGUGAGUCAUUGUGGAUGGAAUUCAUGUAUGGAGAGUAUUUCCAUGGGAGUUCCAAUGGCUGCUUGGCCAAUGCAAACUGAUCAGCCCAUGAAUGCGUUUCUGAUUACUCAAGUUCUGAAAGUUGGUCUAAUGGUGAGAGAUUGGGAAAAUGGAUAUGGAUUGGUAAAAUCUUCUGCCAUUGCGAAAGCGGUGAGGAGAUUGAUGGGUUCUGAUGAGGGAAAUAAAAUCAGACGAAGGGCUAAAGAAUUAAGUGAUGCCGUUAAGGGAUCUAUCAAAGGUAAUGGCGCUACUGAAGAGAUGGACCGUUUCAUUGCUCAUAUUACUAGGUAGUUUUUUCUUUUUCCAAAAUAAUAAGUAUCCAAUCACUUUCAGUCGGAACCUUACAGGGUUUUAAUUCAUAUUUCUAGUACAACGGCAACCUGAAAUCCAAAUGUUAGUUGCUUGAGUAAGUUUUAACUGCGG